AAGGCUAUUAUGUGACUGUGUUGACAUUGUAUGUGACUGUGUAUAAAUGUGAUGGUGCAGUGUUCAUAUAUCAAUGUGUACUCGAGUAUGUGUUUGUCUGAAUGUGUUUUUGACCCUGUGCAUAUCUGAGCGCACAUACGUUUGUCCCCUCCUCACUUCCCCUUGUUCCUAUCCCAGCCGGACAAACAGAAAAAGGUGAGACGAAGGAUAAGCCCCAAGGACACCAAGGGUUUGGGGGACCACUAUGGCCUCAGCUGCUUCUCUGACCAGCCUGGAAGAUGAGGUCAGUUGCCCCAUCUGCCAAGCCAUCCUGAGAGAGCCUGUUACCAUUGACUGUGGCCACAACUUCUGUCGAGGAUGCCUUACUCGCUACUGUGAAAUCCCUGGUCCUGAUCCUGGUGAGCAACCCAUAUGUCCACUCUGCAAGGAUCCCUUCCAUCCUGGGGGACUCCGGCCUAAUUGGCAACUGGCUAGUGUUGUGGAAAACAUAGAGAAGCUAAAGUCAGCACCCCCUUCAGGCCUGGGAGAGGACCUCUGUGAAGUACAUGAGGAAAAAAUUUACUUUUUCUGUGAGGAUGAUGAAAAGCAGUUGUGUGUGAAGUGCCGAGAGGCCCUGGAGCACAGGACUCACACUGUUCGCUUUCUGGAGGAUGCAGCAGAUCCUUAUAGGGAACAAAUCCAUAGGUGUCUGGAGUCUCUGAAGAAUGAGAGAGAAGAUAUUCAAGGAAUCCAGUCCAGGGAAGAUCAGAGGAUCCAGGUCUUAUUGACUCAGGUGGCCACCAAGAAAGAGAAGGUCAUCUUAGAAUUUGAGCACAUGUGCCGGUUCCUGGAGAGGCAGCAGUACUCGCUUUUGACCCAGUUGGAAGAGCUGGAUGAAGAUAUUUUGAAGCAGAAGGAUGAGUUUGAGUCCCUUGUCCAGAGUGAGAUCUGCCGUUUUGACGCCUUGAUUUCAGAAUUGGAGGAAAAACUGGAGUGCCCAGCAAGAGAGCUACUGAAGGACAUCAGGAGCACCCUGAUCAGGUGUGAAGCCCGGAAGUGCCGGAAACCGGAGGCUGUCUCUCCUGACCUGGGUGAGAGGAUCCGGGACUUUCCUCAACAGGCCCUUCAGCUGCAGAAGGAAAUGAAGACGUUUCUAGAAAAACUGCUCUUUGAAUUGGACUAUGAACCAGCUCAUAUCUCCUUAGACCCCCAGACAUCCCAUCCCAAACUCCUCCUAUCAGAAGAUUAUCAGCGGGCCCAAUUCUCCUACAAAUGGCAGACCUCACCAGACAGUCCACAACGCUUUGACCGGGCCAUCUGUGUCCUAGCCCAGGCUGGCUUUGUGGGAGGAAGGCACACAUGGGUGGUAGCUGUUGACCUGGUCCAUGGGGGCAGCUGCACAAUGGGUGUAGUAAACCACGAUGUCCGUCGGAAAGGGGAGCUCCGGCUCAGGCCAGAGGAGGGGAUAUGGGCAGUGCGCCUGGCUUGGGGAUUUGUUUCAGCCUUGGGCUCCUACCCUACCAGGUUGUCCCUGGAAGAGAAUCCCAGGCAAAUCCGUGUCUCCCUUGAUUAUGAGGUGGGCUGGGUGACAUUUAGCAAUGCUGUCACUCAGGAGCCCAUCCAUACCUUUACUGCCUCUUUUACUGGAAAGAUUUUUCCCUUCUUUGGGCUCUGGGGCAGAGGAUCCAGUUUCUCCUUGAGCUCUUGAGAAGGAAGAGACUAUCUUCUGGGUGAGGUAGGGGUGAGAGGUGUUAAGAGUGUGCCGCUAGUCCUAGUCACUUGUGAAACUGGGAGAGAUUGUAUCCAAGGUCACACAUUAGUGAGAAAAAGCAAAAGAGGAAUUCAAACCCUCAAUUCUCUACCUUCCAAAUCUCCUAUUGACUCCCAGAGACUUUCCACUGUCUGUUUGCAUCCCAGAGAGGCUCAGGUCAUGGCUGUCCUAGAGAAUUUCAAAUGAUCCCACAGAUCUACAUGGGGAAAGGGGUAUCAGGAGUUUACUGGUGCCAUCCUAUGUAUCCAGUAACCUCAGACCCCACUGUCUGCCAUUCUGGGUGGAGGUUCAGCCUUUGGAGAAGGUAGAGAAAAGAACCUUGCUCAAGACUGAUGGGCUGAGAGUCAGGAAACCAAAAGCUCUUAUCCAUCUCAUCUACCCUUUUGCCAUAGUGGCAGAAUCACACAAACCCUGAGAGCAUUUAUCUUCUCUUUUGCUCUAAAAUUGAAACCCACACCUAAGCCUAAUUCAGGGAAAUAGUGAAAAGAGGGGAAUGCACAAGUGGUAGGAUAAAGGUAGAGAAGCCAUUUGUGGGAUCCUGAAUGCAACCAGAGGGUUUGUGCUUCAUGACCUAUUGUCUCCAGCCCAAUGAAUGGCAAACCAAUCCAAUGUUGUCUUCUAGAACUGGAUAGUAAUAAUUAUUCAAGGGGAAGGGAGGAAGGGAGAUAGAAAAAUUCAGACUAGAAGAAGACUAGCAGUGGGAAAGGGAUUGAGUUGAAGGAGUGAGACCUUUGAGAGAAGGACUUCCCUGUGGGAUUCUGGAAAGGAGGUUAUAACCACAUGUGUGAUGUGUGCAGAGUAAUAGUGACUCCCAGAAAUCUGCUUUAUUGUUGCUGAGACUUGGUAUAUGGGCUAACAAUUUAUUGCAUGGGUUUAUAGGAAAUAGAAUGACACAUUAGCUUUGUUUGACCUGUUGUCGAAUCUUAAAUCUUGCAAACAAUAAAACAUAUCUUGAUUGCAA